ACCGGCGGGCGCUAGGACCGGGCGGGAGGCGGGGAAAGGCCUUCCCUCCGCAGGGCCUGCGCGCCUGCCUGCCUGCCUCCUUGGGCGUGGUGGAUCCCGCAGCAGUCGGUUCCGCGGAAAGGAAGAGGCAGCAGCACGGAGCCAACCCCAGGCGGGACAUCUGUGCCAACUUUGAAUCUUUAAAAGUCUAGAAAUGUUCCUGGUGAAAAACUUCCUUGGAGGCGGCGGAGGAGGAGGAGGUGGCAGCGGAGGCGGGAACAUCAACAUCGGCAACAUGAUUGGCGGGUUUUUGAGUGGCGGCGGAGGAGGAGGGGGCGGUGGAGGAGGGGGUGGAGCCAUGGGCAUACUGGGCGGAGUCAUCAGUGCCAUCAGUGAAGCAGCAGCUCAGUACAACCCCGAGCCUCCGCCUCCUCGCAGCCACUUCUCCCAAGUUGAAUCCAAUGAAAGCGACGAAGUGCGGCAAUUCCGGAGGCUCUUCACGCAGCUGGCGGGAGAGGAUAUGGAAGUGAGUGCGACGGAGUUGAUGAACAUCCUCAACAAAGUGGUGACCAGACAUCCAGACCUGAAGACAGACGGGUUUGGGAUCGACACCUGCCGCAGCAUGGUGGCCGUCAUGGACAGCGACACAACCGGGAAACUUGGGUUUGACGAAUUCAAAUAUCUCUGGAACAAUAUCAAAAAAUGGCAGGGAAUCUACAAACGUUUUGAUGCGGACCGGUCCGGGACUAUCGGCAGCAAUGAACUCCCAGGUGCUUUUGAGGCUGCAGGGUUUCGACUCAACGAGCAGCUGUAUAGCAUGAUGGUGCGCAGAUAUUCAGACGAGAAUGGGAACAUGGACUUUGACAACUUCAUCAGCUGCCUGGUCCGCCUGGAUGCCAUGUUUCGUGCCUUCAAAUCCUUGGACAGAGAUGGCAGCGGGCAAAUCCGUGUGACUUUAAGAGAGUGGUUGCAGCUCACCAUGUACUCUUAAAAGCCAGCAUGAAAGGUCCGAUCUUGCCUCUUUUGCCAUCACCGAGCCCAAUUUGGAAUAUUUUCAUUUUCUGUGCUUAAAAAAAUCCUGCUAUAUUUCCUUCCUUUUUUCCCCCUCCCUCUUUCUUUGACUUCCUCUCAAGCAGAAAAGGCACCUUUGUAGUCUUAUUUUGUAUUUUACCAUUUCUUUUAAACAACUAUUAGAAAUAUUUAUAGUAAUCUUAUUUUUGACUUCCGUACUAACCCUGCCUCUGUUUGCGUGCUUUUUUGUUAGAGAGGCCUUUGAGUUUGAAGUGCGAUGGAUUUUCUUUUCUUUCAUUUUUUUUUUCCGAACUCGGCUCGGCUCCUAUCUCUCAAUGACGGAUGCAGUGAUAUUUUUUUUUUAGAAAGAUAUUUUUGCAAGUUUUAUUACACAAAAGCAAUUAUGUUUUGCAUUGCAAGAAGCCCAGGCGGUGCCGGAAGCUCUCAGCGCAUGUGAAAAGAGCAUUUUAUUGCUCACCUUUCUGGGCAAACAUCAACUUUUAUAAACCAGCAGGAAAAAGCUGUUGUGAAGGCAAUCCAAUGAGAUUGAUGGGAUAUGAAGGAGCAGUCUUUGUUUUUUAACAACCGUAGAACAGCAUCCCUUCUCAUGAAUAAAGCAAUAAAUAUAAAGGACUGUGAAUGUCCAUUAGAAAAUAUUGAAAUAAUGCUAUUUUUAGAGCAGAUAUGGGCAAACAUGGGCCCUCCGGGUGUUUUGGACUCCAACUCCCAUCAUUCCUAACACCCAAGUUUGCCCAGGUGUCAAAGGGAUGACUUCAUGAGUUCUUGGUUGGGCCCGAGGAUGUUAGGAAUGGUGGGAGUUGCAGUCCAAAACACCUGGAGGGCCCAAGUUUGCCUAUGCCUGUUAUAGAGGCUUCGAGCUUUUUCUGCACACUUCCAGAAUUGCAUUAUCCGCAUGUCUUUUGAAGGAAUAAAGUCUGAAAUAACUAUAUUAAUAUUCUAUAA